AUGGACGACCACGUCCACGUCCACGUCUACGACCACGUCCACGUCCACGUCCAGGUCCACAUCCACGUCCACGUCCACGACCACGUCCACAUCCACGUCCACGUCCACAUCCACGUCCACGACCACGCCCACGUCCACGUCCACGUCCACCUCCAAGUCUACCUCCACGUCCACGUCCACGUCCACGACCACGUCCACGUCCACGUCCACGUCCAGGACCACGUCCACGUCCAGGUCCACGUCGACCACGACCACAUCAACGUCCACGUCCACGUCCACGUCCAAGUCUACGUCUACGUCCACGUCCAAGUCCACGUCCACGUCCACAUCCACGACGUCCUCCACGACCACGUGGACGUGGACGUGGACGUGGACGUCGUGGACGUGGACUUGGACGUGGACGUGGAGGACGUGGACGUGGACGUGGACGUGGACGUGGUCGUGGACGUGGACGUGGACGUGGACGUCGUGGACGUGGACGUGGUCGUGGACGUGGACGUGGUCGUGGACGUGGACGUGGACGUAGACGUGGAGGUGGUCGUGGAGGUGGACGUGGACGUGGACGUGGACGUGGACGUCGUGGUCGUGGACGUGGACGUGGAUGUGGACGUGGACGUGGACGUGGUCGUGGACGUGGUCGUGGACGUGGACGUCGUGGACGUGGACGUGGAUGUGGACGUGGACGUGGUCGUGGACGUGGACGUGAACGUGGACUUGGACGUGGACCUGGACGUGGACGUGGACGUGGACGUGGACGUGGUGGACGUGGACGUGGCCGUGGACGUGGACGUGGACGUGGACGUGGUCGUGGACGUGGACGUGGACGUGGACGUGGACGUCGUAGACGUGGACGUCGUGGUCGUGGACGUGGACGUGGACGUGGACGUGGACGUGGUCGUGGACGUGGUGGACGUGGACGUGGCCGUGGACGUGGACGUGGACGUGGUGGACGUGGACGUGGCCGUGGACGUGGACGUGGACGUCGUGGACGUGGUGGUGGUGGACGUGGACGUGGCCGUGGACGUGGACGUGGACUUGGACGUGGACCUGGACAUGGACGUGGACGUGGUCGUGGACGUGGUGGACGUGGAAGUGGUCGUGGACGUGGACGUGGACGUGGACGUGGACGUGGUGGACGUGGACGUGGCCGUGGACGUGGACGUGGACGUAGACGUGGACGUGGUCGUGGACGUGGUCGUGGACGUGGACGUGGAGAUGGAGGUGGACGUGGUCGUGGACGUGGACGUGGUCGUGGACGUGGACGUGGACGUGGACGUGGAGGUGGUUGUGGACGUGGACGUGGUCGUGGACGUGGAGGACUUGGACGUGGACGUGGUCGUCCACGUGGACGUCGACGUGGACGUGGACGUUCCGGCCUUCAGCAGUGGGUGA